CCACACACACACACACACAACAGUUAUAUUGUUUUUUUUACUCUUCCCGAUCGCUCCAAAGUCUGUUGGAUGUUAAAAGUCUUCGUUUUGGCCACAUCGAAUUUCACAGUUAUUAGGUUGUUUGUCUAUGUAAAAGAACUGCGGUGCACGUCGAUCGAUCGCACUGAGAUACACACCAGUUACCAGUCCGUUUCACUCUGGCACAUUUCUUAUUGGACAACAAUGUAAUCGUUUAGCAAUUUCGACGUUCACAACAAACGAGUAGGUGUGUAAUUUGCGAAAAAAUGUUUACUACGAUAUGUUUUUUUUGGCAUUGAAUAAACUACACUCGUACUUUGUUGUUAACCGUGUGAGUAUUGAGACUAAACCUGAACCACCUACGUUUGCACGUAAACUUCGAACCGAUCAUCAUUCGACUUGAGACGAUUCAGACUAGAGCCUAUACGUAUUAUGACGAACAGUAACAACUCAAAAAUGUUGAUCGACGAAGAAAACAACGGAAAUGUUUCGGCCAAGCUUGGUAGGAUUCAAGACAAACAUGUUUGGAAAUCGUUGAGGACUCAUAUAUUAUCACGCAGAGAGAAAAAUAAAAAAGCGGAAGCCGAAGCUGAAGUGUUGAGAAAAAAGAAAUGUGUCGAGUUUCAACAAAUGGAAGAAAAUAAACUGUCUUUGGCGCAAAUUAAUGGUCGUUUGACCGCGUUGAAAGAUAGACGCGACGAACUCGAGGAGGAAAAACGUGCACUUUUGAACCAAGUCCAAACGGCCGAUGACGCUAUGGCCGCUUCUUUAGUCGUGCCCAAGUCCGAGUUCAAUUGUGAACCCUUAAACAACAAACUAGUGUUAACGAAUAAUAUUAGCACGGUCGUGUCGCAUCAUCGAUCGACGACACUUCUUCAACAGCACCAGCAUAUUAUUAGGCAACAAACGACGAUUACUGCAGAGUCGGGCGUUGGGUCGCCCAGCGGAAGUAACAGCUUGAACUCGGUGCAACAGCCUUUGAUGUUGCACAAUUCAAACGCCGGCGGCGCCAAUAAUCAGACAUUGUUGGUUUGUUCGCCGGCAGCGAUUAACGCUGUUGCCGCAAACAACCAAAAUAACAGUGCGACGCGCUCGCCAAUGGGUUUAUCAGCUUCGCUGUCCAGCACGAUGACUAUGUCGUUUACAAAAGUUUCAUCGCUCUACAGCAGUACCACUCAUUUACUAGCGCCGAACGUAGGGUCGAAUAAUAAACUAGGAAGGACGCCAUCGCCACAACCCCCGGCCAUUCAACAACAAACCUAUCAACAACAACAACAACAACAACAUCAACAACAGCAACAACAAAUCGUUGUUCCGUUUCCUACUUACAAACAAAUGAACAAUAGCAGCGGCGGCAAUAGUAUUAUGAACUCUAUGUCUACGCCGAACGUAGUCAACAAUAUCAAUCCGUCCAUAGCCGCUGCAAGUAAUAAUAGUUAUUCGAUGGAAAACUUAAAUAGGCGUGGGAGUAGAGAUGAAACCCCGUCAUCGUUCAAUAGGAAUGUUUUGAUGUGGAAUAACAGCAACAACAACCCAAACAAAAACAAUCAACCCAACGUCAGCAUGUACGGAUCGUUUUAUCAACCUUCUCCCGGCGCGGCGGUCAACUAUUGUGUCAACAACGGCAUUCCUUCGUCGCCAUCAUCGUCGUCGUCGUCUGUCAACACGGUGUACAGUUAUUCCGGGCCGCCUCCGCCGUUGUCGAGGACGGACUCGUCUGGUAUGGGAAAUUUAAUGGUGAGCGCGUCGGCCGGUGAACACGGAGGCCAAUUAUCGAAAUCCAUCUCCUCGCACCAACAACAACAACAACAACAUCAUCAUCAGCCUCAUCAUUUGGCCCACUCGAAUCCGCCCAUGUACAUGAGUCCGGGGAUACGUAAUCAAACCAGCAACCAUGCUUACCAUCCGAAGCCGCCACCGCAUAACCUUGCAGAUAUAAAAAUGAUACCGCCGACGUCGGGCUAUUAUCAGCAACAACCCGGAAGAAAUAUGCACCCGUCCAGCGCCGGCAUCUCACCACAAUCUCCACAUCAAAUGCAAUCGCAGAAAUCGCAUAACGUGUAUAUGCGUCAGCCGUCGGCUUCAUCGGCUUCUCAACUUUCACCAGUCAUGUUGCAGUCGUCACAACACGGAUCGUACUCCACUUCUACGAACUCUGGAUAUUCAAACAAAUCUCCUGGUCCUGCUAUUUCCUCGGCCGACAUGGCCAGGUAUCAACACCAAUCGCAACCUCCGUCGUCGAGGGACAUGAACAACUAAUUUUAUGAAACACUUCCCCGACAUACGACAACAACGACGAAAGAGGUCGCCGUCGUUUAGGCGAAAUAAUAUUUAAAAAAAAAAAAAAUUAUAUUAUUAUUACGAUUAUCGUUUAAGUUUAAUUGUGUGACGCAAAAUGUGUUCUAUAUUUUUUUUUCAUAACUAUUUUUUCGUCAUUCUUCAUAAUUUUUUUUAUUUUAACUCAUUCAUUAUAUAAGACAACUUUUAUACAUAAUAAAAUUUAGUAUGGGGUAAUUUUAAGUAAUUAUUAUCUAUUACACAAUUGAUGGUAUUUUUUUCGAUGAUAUGAAAAAAAACGGAAACAUUAUUAUUGACCAUCGACGACUCGAAUACAAUUAACAAUAAGUGUUUUUUUUUUACAAUAAAUUAUUUGAUAUCGAAUAAGAUGAUUGCUGAUAUAGUUUUGCUUUUGAUUAGUUUUAUUUCUCAUAAUGUGUAAUACUGCGACAACUAUUGUAUUUUUAUUUAAUUAUGGAAAAACAAUCUACA